AAAAUAUACCACUGGAUGCACACUAGCAUGAAUAGACUUAUACUGUUUAUCUGCUUUUAUCAACUACAAAGACUACAUUCAGGAAGGGCUUAAAAAUGUUCUCUAGUAGCCAGCUGUAUCUCCUUCUCAUGUUCCUGUUUGGUCAAGUUUGGUUCAUUUCCUCGGUGCAGGAAAUGCAAACGGAUCUUGAAACCAUUAUGAAGAUAAACGCUGCUGGAGAAAUGAUGCAGUGCUCCACAGCAAUGGAUAUUCUCUUUGUGAUGGAUAGCUCUCACAGCGUUGGGAAAGGAGGAUUUGAACGGUCCCGUCAUUAUGUGAUGAAGCUGUGUGAAGCUCUCGAUGUCAGCACAGAGAAGGUGAGAGUUGGAGUUAUUCAGUUUGGUUCCACGCCCAAACUGGAAAUCAGUCUAGACUCCUACAAGAGCAAACUGGAGCUGAAGAAAAAGAUGAAGAAGAUCCAGUAUAGAGGUGGAAGCACACAGACAGGUCUGGCUCUGAAGUUUGUUUUGAGGAAGGGGUUUUCCGGCGGACGCAAUUCCACAGUGCCACGCGUCGUCAUCCUCUUAUCUGAUGGAAAGUCCCAGGGGGCAGUGCAUCUGGCUGCCUCGGAGCUCAAGCUGUCUGGAGUGACUCUGUUUGCCGUGGGGAUCCAUUACCCUAGAUGGGAAGAGCUCCGUAAAUUGGCGAGCAGCCCCUCAGACUCUCACGUAUUCUUCGCGGAGCACUUCAGUGACGCUGUAAACGGGUUAUUCACUACCCUCACCACCUCAUCCGUCUGUACUGCCGUUCCUUCAGCAGGGUGCAAAGUGGAGUCUUACCCGUGUGUUCAGAAAACCCUGGAGACGGUCAAAGAGCUUCAGGGAAACUUCAUGUGCUGGAAGGGGUCCAAGGGAUACUCCCCGUACACAUCCCUCUGCCCUCAUUACAGGUAUAACAAAGUUUACAGGCAACACCCUGUUGUCUGUCACAGGACUAUAUGUCCAGAACCCUGUGAUUCUCAGCCCUGUCAGAACGGGGGGACGUGUUUAUCUGAGGGACUGGAGAAAUACCGCUGCGAGUGUCCCGCGGGGUAUGGUAGUGACCCCAAUUGUGCUCCUGUUCUAAGUUUCGACUGCUCUGUGGAUGUGCUCUUCCUGCUCGAGGGCUCCUCUGCACUUACUCUGGAGGGCUUCUUGCGCUUCAAGUCCUUCCUGAAGCGUUUCAUGCAGGCUGUAUUGAGCUCUGACACCCCUGUGAAGAUGGGGUUGGCCCAGUAUGGAAGCGAUGUGAAGAUCGAGGCCAAAAUCGGGGAGCACAGAGACCCGGCGAAGCUGAUCCAGGCUGUUGAGGGCUUGGAGUAUCGGGGUGGGCAGGCCAAGGCUGGAGACGCCCUUCGAUACAUCACACGCAAUGGCUUCCAGAGCACACCUGUGUUCGCUGACAUUCAGGACGACCUGCCGCGAGUGGUAGUGCUGCUCACGGGAACGCCGUCAGUGGACCCUGUGGUGGAGCCAGCAAAGUACGCACGGGACAGAGAGAUCUUCAUCAUCGGUGUAGCACCAGAAGAGAUGAGGGCUGAAAUAAACAACAUCACGGGGAACCCCCAGCGCACAAUCAAAUACCAGUCACCCGACAGAUUGAGUGCAAAGAUCCCUGAACUAAGAGCCAAAAUUUGCAGUGUCGACAACCAGGGCUGUCUGGGUCAAUCUUUGGACAUUGUUUUUGUAUUGGAUGCCUCCAGUGGUGUAGGAAAGGACAAUUUCGUCCACCUUCAAGACUUUGUUCGGAGCACCUCAGUACAGUUCGACAUCAAUCGAGAUGUGGCUCAGAUGGGACUGGUGGUCUAUGGGAGGCGGCCCGUCACGGUCUUUGACCUGGAUAAGUAUGACUCGGGCUCUGCUGUGCUGAAGGCAGUGGGAGAUGCUGCUUUUCUGGGUGGGAAGGCCUCUACAGGUUCAGCCCUGCUCCAUGUGCUCUCCCAAAGCCUGACGGUGGGGAAAGGAGCACGGCCUGGAGUCAACAAGGCCGUGGUGGUACUGACUGAUGGGACGGGUGCAGAAGAUGCAGUAGUGCCCGCCCAGAAGAUCCGGGAUAGCGGAGUGUCAGUGUUUGUGAUUGGCAUUGGGAACAUACAUCAGGAGGUCCUCUUCCGCAUGGCCGGCUCUGAGGAUCACAUGAUCUCUGUACCUUCAUAUGAUGACCUAAAAUACUCUGAGGAUGUGCUAGUACAGAUGGUGUGUUCAGACGUGAAAAAACCUGUUAACCUGUGCAGUCCAAACCCCUGCAUGAAUGAUGGCAUCUGUGUGCUGCUGAAAGGCAGCUACCGCUGUGAUUGCCAUGGUUGGAAGGGUCCACACUGCGAAACACGAAGCAGAGAGAAGCCAUCCAGAGGAGAUCUUCCUAAACCUGCAGGCCUGAGGCGCCGUCAGAACAAGAGUAAAAAAGAGCUGCUGCAGCGCUAUAAGGAGCACCGCAGGAGACGCGUUUCUCACACACAGCACAGAUAAAGAGAACACACACACAUAGACAGAGCCACAGCUCAGCGAACUCAUUAUAAAUUCACAUCGACUUAAGAUGAACAUGCAAUCAAGGAGACACUUCAAAAGGGAUGUGUAUCUAUCUCUAUAUGCUGUUAGUGACUUAAAUUAGGAUUUAUUUUUAUUUGAGGUCGAUCUUAAGGGGUUUGAUGCUGUUUGUAUGGUUUAUUCAGCACUGAAACCCCUUUAUGAACAUGUAUUCUGUCUGAGAUUUGGACCUGGUUGUGAUCUGUCAUAUUGAAACUCCUUCUUACAGAAAGCCUCAUUCUAGAGGCUUACUUUUUGACCAUAUUUAUUUUUUAUUCACUACUUUUGUAUUACAUUUUUUUUUUCAGAUCUUUUAGUCUAAAUCAAAUACUUUAUAGUAUUUUUGUGUUAUUUUGGUGCCACCUAUUGAAGAAAAUGCAGUUUUCUAUAAUUUCAAAGCAGGAUAUCUGGUUCUCACUUCGCAUAAAUAAGAAUUGUUGUCAGUACAAGCUUUUAUUUGAAUAAAAAGUGCAUGUUUCAGCUAG